AAAAAAUUUUUUUUAACAACGACUUAGAAGUGUUUUUCAUACUAAUAUUUACUGUUAUUAUGACUUUCCUACUACGUAAACAAUAGAUUACGGCCCGUUUCGAUUUACGUAGAAAUUCUCCGCCGUACGAACGGAACUCCAUUGUAAACCACGGACCUCCUGAGGGGAAAAAAAGGAGUGAAAAAAAUCAGUUUUCUGCACAUCAAGCGUUUGAUGCUGUCAGUAAGCACUCACGGACUCGUAUACAUUAAAGCUCCACUGUAGGAACCAUGAAAUAAAUGUCAUUUUUAUUCGAAACUAUAAAUCUAAACGCUGUAAAAGCUAAUUUGAUUGUAAAAUCACUAUUUCCGGUUGCCUUUGAACCCAACACACGUGACGUACACAACAGGAAGUGCCCGCAAAAGUUGCGCUGGCCGCUUAAUUCUUUUCCCCACUGAUAGUUUCCAGCUCAACUGAACUCCGUUACUACACAUUUUAUAACAAACAUAUAUAUUUACAAAUGUAUAGCUAUUUCUUUUGGGAGCAACAUUAAGUAGCUGGGUUGGCGUUUGUUGAGAUGGAGGAUGUGCUGCCACCUGAGGAGUACGUUGUCCUCUGGAGCUUUCAUGGGCGUUGCAGUGAAGAGCAGCUAAGUAUCAGCAAAGGAGAGCGAUUGAUGGUCCAUGCCAAGAUCUCCCCAGAGUGGUGGUGGGCUGAGCUGCGGGGGGUCUUUGGAUACGUCCCUGCCAGCUACCUCUACCAGGGAGCCAAUGAAGAUGAGGAGGAGGACGCGUGGCAGGAUGAGGAGUACUAUUUCACUUACGGAACACUGAAUCUUCACUUGGAGAUGUUGUCAGACAAGAGCCGCACAGAGACGUACAGGCGGGUCAUCGUCAACAACAGCGCUUCUCUGCACAGGAAGGUGGUGAUGGACCUCGGCUGCGGGACGGGCAUCAUGAGCCUGUUCUGCGCUCAGCUGGCACAACCGGCAGCGGUGUACGCCGUGGAGGCGAGCUCGAUGGUGGAGCACACCAAGGAGCUAGUGAAGCAGAACGCUUGCGAGGAGGUGAUCACGGUGCUGCGGGGUCGGGCCGAGGAGAUCCAACUGCCUGAGCAGGUGGAUGUCCUGGUGUCCGAGUGGAUGGGCAACUGCUUGCUCUUUGAGUUCAUGGUGGAGUCGGUCCUGCUGGCCAGAGACCGCUGGUUAAGGGAAGGUGGCACGAUGUGGCCCUCGUCCGCAGCCCUCACCCUGGUGCCAUGUCAAGCCCACAGAUACUACGCCGAUAAAAUGGCCUUCUGGGAGAAGCCCUACGGCCUGGACUUUACCCCGCUUCAGCCACUUGCACUGCAGGAGUUCUUCGCCAAGCCCAAGUUCAGCCACUUAAUGGAGCCAGGCGACCGCCUCGCCUCCCCUGUAGACGUCAUCCACUUGGACAUGUACACGCUGCAGGUGGCAGACCUGGAGGAAAUGCAGGGCGAGUUCAAGUUUCGCCUGGAAAAGUCUGGCGUGUUCCACGGCUUCGCCGCCUGGUUCAGCGUUUGUUUCGAGAGCCUGGAAGAGGGGGGAGCGCCGGUGGAGCUGAACACCGGGCCUGACUCUGAGCCGACACACUGGAAGCAGACUCUCUUCAUGCUCGACGAGCCCGUCAGCGUGCGUGCCGCAGACCUCAUUAGUGGACGCAUUAUUCUGCGAAGGAACCCCGUCUGGAGGCGCCACUUGACCGUCACCAUUCACUGGGACAUCAACGGCCACACACAGGAGGAGCCCACCUGCCAGGCCGGUACUAAGAGCUUCCCUAUGUGGCGCUGACAGCUUCUCAUCAUCUGACACAACGCUUGCGUGCUGAGUUUCUGCGUUUUUGAGAUCAGCCUUCAGUUGUAACGGAUAAAGACGCCGAAAUGGAAGAGAUUAUUA